AUGAAUUUGACCAAUUGCUCAAGAGCAACUCAAUUUAUUCUUGUUGGUUUGCCAAGUGUUUUGGGACUGGAAAGUGUGAUGUAUGCCAGCAUCUUUCUUCUCUACAUCCUGAGUUUGAUGGGCAAUGGGCUCAUCGUUAAGAUAGUAAUCACAGAUCGCCAUCUCCAGAAACCAAUGUAUUUCUUCCUUUGCAACCUUUCUAUCAAAGACAUUGGACACACCACAACCUUCAUACCCAAGAUGUUGCUCAAUUAUCUCAUGGAAAAGAAUUCCAUCUGUUUCUUUUGCUGUGUGAUACAAUUGUGCUUCUACUUCCUUUUUGUAGUCACUGAAUUUUUCAUCAUCUCUUUGAUAUCUUUGGAUAGGUACUUAGCCAUCUGCUAUCCUUUCAGAUAUGCCGCUAUCAUGACCUCGGAGGUCUGCCUUAAACUGUCCAUAACAGCUUGGUUUGGAGGAUUUUUGUCCAUAAUUUGCCAGGUAGUGAUGAUUGCAAACUUGCCCUACUGCUCUUCCAACGUUAUCAAUCAUUUCUAUUGCGAUGCUGGACCCGUCUUGAAUAUUGCAGGAGGAGAUACACAUCUCAUUGAAGCCCUGGGCUUCCUUGUUACUAUGGUUGUGGUUGUGUCCUCCCUGGUGUUCACUCUCAUUUCUUACUUCUUCAUCCUCUGCACCAUUCUUCGAAUGUCUUCAACCUCCAGACAGCAGAAGGCCUUUUCCACAUGUGCUUCCCAUCUGGUUGUGGUCAGCCUUUUGUACGGGUCAGUCUUUUUUGUCUACUUAAGACCGACUAUCAAGAACUCUUCCUUCACUAUGACAAAGUCUGUCUCCAUACUCUUUACUUUCAUCACCCCUGUGCUCAACCCUUUCAUCUACACCAUUAGGAACAGUGAAGUGAAAGAUUCUGUACGCCAAAUGAUUGGAAGAAAAAUUACCAGUCUCAGGAAUCUCUAA